AACCACUUACACCAACCCGACUCCUUAAACUCAAUCAAACAUGUCUCCCAUAGUUGUUCGAUCUACCGCCCGCGCUGUUCAGCGCCGCCAAUUCUCUCUCCUCACUGCUAUGAGAAACGCUGGCCGAGCCAUGGAGUCUCACCCAUUCGAGCGUCUUCCCAUCACUCAGCAGCCCGCUAAGCCCGACUACGCCAAGAUGUUCAAGCGAGUUGGAAGCCAAGCUCUCUUCUUCUUCCCUGGCUUCGCUGUCAUCCUCGGCUGGCCCCUCGCUGCCCAGUAUGCCUUCGACGGUAGACUGUAAAGGAUGGAUAUACAGAAACACCCAAUCUGUUGGAUAGACUUCGACUGAGCAAGACUCGACGGUACCACUACUCGAUAAACACAUGCACGCAUGGAUACCUGGAUAUUGGGACCAAUUGUUGUGACAAUGCACAGUCACUUGUACAUAGCAUGGAAAGGCGUUGAGGUGCAUUACAGGAAGGGUGCUUAAAGCAACCCAUCUACGACUACAUAUGAUAAAUUUCUAGAACUAUAUAAUUCCAUAUGUUAUAACUUCAAA